AGUGAGCUAACGCCUCGAGACUUUGCUCAGCCAAGUUAGUAGCCGAAGUGAAACCGUGUCGGCAAGACGCGUAUCACACGCACUCUCGUCGUUAUUUCUUUAAAUUCAAAUUCAUUUUUUUUUCGCCAGAAGAUAACCACUCACGGACGCUACUUUUAUUUUAGUUAUUUCUGGAAUUAUUAAUCCGUCAAGAAAAAUUCAAUUUUUCUGAAGAAAAAGAAAAUAGUUUCAAGGAGCGGGGGCGACGCUCAAAUCCGCCAUCCAUCUCUCUCACUCCCGGAGCUUCGCGGAGUGAGGAGUCAAAAACCCCCAAAUUUUUUGGAUUAGUGCAGCAAAGUUUUGGAUUUUCUGAAAAAGUCAAUUUCUUCUUCUUCCCCGGUAGAGAAAAAAGAAAACCAAACAACAUGAAAGAAGGUUACAAUAAAGCCAUGCUGCGAUACAUUUUCACGCUGUUCCUCAUUACACAGAUUUCUGCCGAUUAUGGUCGGAAGAAUCCCAGCAGUGGACCUGGUCCCGGUGGAGGGAGGGCCGCACCCCUGACUGGUCCGGUCUCGCCUUUGCUUCCAGUGCGGACGCCAUUACCGGUGGCGACUCCUGCCGCUUCUGGUAAACAGACGACAGCCUCAUCCGUCGGCCGACAACAACCGUCGAAACCUUCGAAUUUGACUCGACCGAUUUCGGCCAAUCGAGGACGGGCUGCGGGACCAGCCGCCGUGGUUUCACGGCCGCGUUCAUCCGAAGUCUUCUUCUUGCACCUGGACGACGGCUAUUUUGGCUGUCAAGUCAACGAGUCCACCGACGUCCUUCAGCUUUACGACAUCUCAAAGCUGUGCGACGGCAUCUCCGACUGUUUCCUCGGCUCGGACGAAAACCGCGGCAAACUCAAAUGCACCGGUGAUUGCGUCUUGACCGAAGGUGCCCGAUGCCAAAAUGGCGCCUGUCUGGAUCACGAGUGCCAUUGUAACGACGGCUACGGAGGCUGCGGCUGCUCUACCCCAGACGAAAAUGAGUGCAAGUAUCGACCUUGUGACGUGUUUGCUCAGUGUACCAAUACCUUGGGCAGCUUCACCUGUACCUGUUACCCAGGCUACGAAGGCGAUGGUUUCACCUGCACGGAUAUCGACGAGUGCAAGAAUCCGGAACUGGCGGCCAAAUGCGUUGAAAACGCCGAGUGCUGCAACCUGCCGGCCCAUUACUCCUGCAAAUGUAAACCCGGUUUCCAGGGCGAUGGAGAGAAACAAUGUCUGGACAUUGACGAGUGCCAAAAUCCCGGGUCCUGCGGCCUUAACGCCCUCUGCGAGAACACGCCGGGCAAUUACACCUGCGCUUGCCCCGACGGCUACGGAGGCAACCCUUACGACGGCUGCGCCGAUAUCGACGAGUGCGAGCUCGGCAACGCUUGCGGCACCGGAAGCCUCUGCACGAACACGGACGGCGGUUACAAAUGCGCCUGCCCGCCCGGCUUCAGCGGCGACCCCAAAGUGGCUUGCGUCGACGUCGACGAGUGCGCACCGCCGCCGCCCGGCGUCAAAGCCACUCCCGUUUGCGGACGGAGCGCCAUCUGUGACAACCUGCCCGGAACUUUCAAAUGCCAGUGCCCGCCAGGAUUCAAGGGCGACCCUAAAAUUGCCUGUCAAGACAUCAACGAGUGCCUGAGUAAGCCUUGUGGCGCCAAUGCGACUUGCACCGACACCGUCGGCAGUUUCAGCUGUUCGUGCGUCGAGGACUUUACCGGAGACCCCUACCGAGGAUGCGUGGACAUUGACGAGUGCGCUGUGCUUGCUAGCCCUUGCGGUAAGCAGGCCAUCUGCGAGAACGCCGUGCCCGGCUACAAUUGUCGCUGCCCUCAAGGAUACGCCGGUCAGCCCACGCCGGACGUCGCAUGCGAACAGGUGGAUGUUGCCACCGUCUGCAAAGGGAAUUUCGAUUGUGUCAACAACGCGGAAUGCCUGGACGGCCAGUGUUUCUGCCGCAACGGUUUCCAGCCUUCCGGCGCCACCUGCGUCGACAUUGACGAAUGCGCCAAGAACCCUUGCGGACCCAAUUCCGUCUGCACCAAUCUACCUGGCAGCCAUCGUUGCGAAUGCGAGGCCGGUUUCGUCGGAAAACCCCCGACCACCCCGUGCAAAGCUCCUUGCGAAGAUGUGAAAUGCGGCACUCACGCAACUUGCAAGACCCAAGGCGAAGAAGCGUUUUGCGUUUGCGACGAAGGAUGGACCUACGAUCCGGCCAACAUCGCCGCCGGAUGCCAGGAUAUCGACGAAUGCGACCUCGCCCAAGGCCUCCUGAGUCGGUGCGGAGAAGGAGCCAUUUGCAGCAACACAGCCGGGAGCUUCAGUUGCCAGUGCCCGCCAGGCUUUUCCGGCGACCCGUCCACCAGAUGCCUCGAUAUCGAUGAAUGUCAACGUCCUGGCGUUUGUGGCACGGGCGCCAUUUGCGUCAAUGUCCCGGGUUCGCAUGAAUGUCGCUGCCCGGAAGGAACUGCUCCGGAACCGGACGCCAAAACCAAGUGCGUGUCUCUCAUGCGCUGCGCCAUCGACGACGAUUGUCCAGGCAAUUCCGUCUGCGAUCCUACCAAGGAAUGUUUAUGCCCCGAACCCAACAUCGGCAAAGAUUGCAGACAUCCAUGCGAAGGCGUCCGCUGUUCGGCCAAUCAGGAAUGUAUGUUGAUUAACGACGUGGCCAAGUGCAUGUGCUCUUCCGGAUUCACUGGCGGAGUCAACGGCGGUUGUGUCGACAUCGACGAAUGUUCCACCGGCCAGAAACCUUGCGCCCAGGGAGCCGUUUGCCGAAACGAACCCGGCCGCUUCGUCUGCGAAUGCCCCAACGGAUUCGAAGGCGAACCCUACAAGACUGGAUGCAUUGAGAAAGCCACAGCCCCGCCCGGAUGCAGCAUCCUCCCGUGCCCCAGCGGCGAAGUUUGCGUACCGUCAGACAAUGGCGGCGUUUGCGUGUGUUCCAGAGGCUGGGUUCGUGACAAGAAAAGGGAUCUCUGCCGGGACAUCAACGAGUGUCUGGAAUCACCUGCCGACAAGCCUGCCUGUGGCUUCCGGGCCGUUUGUAAGAAUUUGCCAGGAAGUUACGACUGCUCCUGUCCAAAAGGCUACGAAGGCAAUCCGUUCCAGAGCUGCGACCUCUGCGAUAGCAUCGAAUGCCGCUGCCAACCUCCUUAUCGCGUCGUCGGAGGAGCCUGUCUCCUGGCCGACUGCGCUGGCGGCAAACAAACCUGUCCAGCCGGAGCUGAAUGCAUCACCGUGACGGGCGGAGUCAGCUAUUGCGCCUGCCCGACCGGCUAUCGAGCCCGACCCGAUGGAUCCUGCGAGGAUGUCAACGAAUGCCAAGAAGGAAUCAACGGGCAAUCGGCUUGCGGAUUCGGAGCCGAAUGCUUCAACCGUCCGGGCCGUUUCGUCUGCCAGUGUCCGGCCAAUUUCACCGGCGAUCCUUACAAAGGCGUUUGCGCUCCUAGCCAGGUGCGAUGCGUCUCCGACACGGAGUGCGGGACCAACGAGCGCUGCGUCCAGCCGGGCGAGUGCAUUUGCCCGCCGCCUUACUACACCGACACGGAAGACAACAACAAGUGCAAGAGCCCCUGCGAGCGCCACGCUUGCGGAGUCAACAGCAAGUGCACUCCGUCGGAUCCGCCCAAGUGCAUGUGCGAGCCGGGCCACACGGGCAAUCCGACGGUCGGCUGCAGCGACAUUGACGAGUGCCGAGAUAAUCCCUGCGGCCCAGGAGCCAUGUGCAUCAACGAGAAUGGCGGCUUCAAGUGUCGCUGUCCCAGCGGACAAUCCGGCGACGCCUAUCAGGAUGGAUGUCGAGGGGAAGCUCGAUCCGAAUGCCAAGCCGACGAUGACUGUGACGGGCAAUUGGCCUGCAUCCAGGGCGGUUGCGUUAACCCGUGCCAAGCUCUGCCUUGCGGAGCCAACGCCUAUUGCGAGCCGGAAGAGCACGCCGCUUGGUGCCGUUGUCUGCCGGGAUUCAAGGAAGACGCCAAAACAGGAGCCUGCAUCUCACUCUGCCACGACAUCCUUUGCGGAGAAAACGCCCAGUGCGUCGUCUCGUCGACCGGCCCCACUGGAACGUCGACCACUUGCGCCUGUCUAGACGGUUACAACGGAAAUCCUUUCCCGGGCGGCUCCUGCUCCCCGGACGUUUGCUCCGCCUCGCUGCCGUGUCAGGAGCCCCAACUCUGCGUCUCUGGACGCUGUAAGGAGCGCUGCGAAGGCGUCACUUGCGGCGUAGGAGCCCGUUGCGACAAAGCCACCAACCAGUGCGUCUGCCUGCCUUACUUUAUCGGCAAAGCCGAUCUCCUGUGCGUGCCACCCGUCAUUCCGCCCGUCUGCCAGCCACCCUGCGGCCAAAACUCCCACUGUGAAUACGGCCAGCCCAACCGCUGCGUUUGCAAUGCCGGAACGUCGGGCAAUCCGUACGAGUCGUGCGGUGCCCAGGAGAAGACGUGCGACGCCACCAAAUGUGGAAUCAACGCCGAAUGUCGCCAAGGAGUCAACCGCGUCGAUUGUGUCUGCCCAGUUGGCUAUCAGGGCAAUCCCUACGUCUCCUGCGAAGAUGUCAACGAAUGUAUCGGUAACGCCUGCGGAGCCAAUGCCGUUUGUUUGAACACACCCGGAAGCUUCGACUGCCAAUGUCAGGAAGGAUUCUCUGGAAAUCCUUUCAUGAUGUGUAUGCCCAUCGACCAGCCACCACCCGUCCAACCGAAUGUCGUCGAUCCGUGCACAUCCGUCACUUGCGGACCCAAUGCGGCCUGCCGGAACGGCCAGUGUCUCUGUCUCCCCGGCUAUUCUUCCAGCGCUGGUGGAUUAUGCUCGGUUCCAUCUUGCCGCAACGAUCUGGACUGCGCCAGUCGCGAGGUUUGCCUUCACGUGGAUCAUUCCGUCAAAAACGGCGGAGUCCGUCGUUGCGUGGACGCCUGCUCCCGUGAGCAGUGCGGACCCAACGCCGUUUGCGUGGCCGACACUCACCGGGCGUCUUGCAUCUGUCGCGACGGAUUCAAGGGCAAUGCCAACGUCGGCUGCCAGCAAGAACCGGCCGAAGACAAAUGCGGAAGAGAUGACGAAUGUCCGGGCGACACCAUUUGCGGGAAAGACGUUGACGGCCUACGUGUCUGCGUCGAUCCUUGCAAAUCCUUCACCUGCGCCCAGAGCGAAUCCUGCGUCAUCAAGGCCGGCAAAGCCCAUUGCGAAUGUCUAUCCAACUUUGUCCGCAAUCCAUCCACCGGAACUUGCGAAAAACCAGGGCUUCCGGAUUGCGUUACCAACACGGACUGUAAAUCCGAUUCCGUCUGUCGUCAGGACAUUUUGGGAGUGAGGAAAUGUACGGCCGUCUGUGUCGGUUACACUUGCUCCGCCAACUCGGAUUGCCGAGCCGCCAAUCACAUCGGCCAAUGCGUCUGCCGGGCCGGAUUCACCGGUAACCCCAACGACCGCAACGGUUGCCGCCCCGUGCCCAAAGAUCAAUGCCAAACGGACACCCAGUGUAGCGAAGUCGAAGUUUGCCAACCGGACAGCAACGCAGUCCGCCGAUGCGUCGCCAUCUGCCCGACAGUUCGUUGUGGAUCGGGAGCCGUUUGCGUGGCCAAUAAUCACGCGGCCAAAUGCGCUUGCCCGACCACUGGCCUUUACGCUGGCAAUCCUUCGGGACCGGAAGGUUGUCGCAAAGUCGAAUGCCUGGCCAAUAGCGACUGCCCUGGAACCAAAUCCUGCGACCGCACCACCUACACCUGCAAGCCCGUCUGCGUUCAAAACAGUUGCGGCAAAAACGCCAUUUGCCUGGCCGAGAACCACAUGGCCAUGUGUUCCUGCCCGGUUGGAUUGGAGCCCAACCCCCAUCCGGAAAUCGAGUGCGUUCCUGCUGACCUUUGCACCUCUCAACCUUGUCACGCCUCAGCAAUUUGUUCCAUGUCGGCCGGAAGAGUGGUUUGCUCCUGCCCGUUAGAUAAGGUCGGAGAUGCCUACAGGACCGGAUGUCGAGCCAACGGAACUUGCCCCAAUGGCAAUAACGAUUGCCCGUCGGAAGCUUCUUGCCUGGACGGACGUUGUGUCGAUCCAUGCGACUCCUUCUGCGGACCCAACGCUGCCUGUCGAGUGAUCAAUCACAAGCCUUCGUGCUCUUGCCCGCCACGUUUCAAUCCGAAUCCCACAGCCGAGCGCGGAUGCGUCCGCCAGCCUCAGAGCUGCCGCUCAGAUGGCGACUGCCCGUCGGGAAGUCCUUGCAUGGGCGGCCAGUGCAAAGCAGUGUGCCGAAACGCCCAAGAUUGUGCCCAGGGUGAGCGCUGUGUGUCCAGCAUGUGCCAACUGCCUUGUCUGAGUCAAGAACAGUGUCCCAACGGCCAGGCUUGCGUCGGAAGCUACUGUAAGGCCGGCUGCCGUGCCGAUUCCGACUGUCCCAUCAACCAAGCCUGUUUGAACCAUCGCUGUGAAAAUCCUUGCCAGCGUGAAGGAGUCUGCGGCACCAACGCUCUCUGUCGUGUCAUCGAUCGAUCCGCCCAGUGCGCCUGUCCCGAUGGAUUUAUGGGAGGACCAACUGCCCAACAAGGAUGCAUGCGGAACCCUCUCUACUGUCAAUCUGGAACGGCCUGCCCAGCUGGCCACACUUGUCAAUCCGGUCGCUGCUACCCGACUUGUCGCGAUGGAGUGGCCAACGCCUGCGUCGGAGGAGAGCGCUGCCUGUCCGGCCAGUGUGUUAAGAUCUGCUACAGCGACAACAACUGUAUGCCCGGCGAAGUCUGUAUCGACGGUGGCUGCCGGCCAGGAUGUCGAUCAGAUACCGACUGCUCCAACAGCCAAGUGUGCCGAAACAGCCAAUGUCGCUGCGCUCCUGGAUUCACCGCCGGACCCACUGGAAACUGUGUCGACGUCGACGAGUGCCAGACCCGACCUUGCCACGCCACCGCCCAAUGUACCAACACGGCCGGAUCCUUCCGCUGUUCUUGCAAACCUGGAACAGUCGGUGACGGCUACACGGAGGCUUGCGUGGCUGCCAACGAGUGUGAAACCAGUUCCGGAUGCGCCGAUCAAUUGGCCUGUCUGGUCCGUCAAGGCGGCACCAAAGCUUGCGCCGAUCCUUGCGCCGCCAACACUUGCGGCCCCAACGCCCUCUGUACCGUUGUCGAUCACCAACCGUCUUGCAGUUGCCCGCCUUCCACCCGUGGCAACCCCAACGACUCUAAAGUGGGCUGCUUCCGGGUCGACUGUAUUGAAAACGAAGAUUGUCCCCAGGAUCGCACCUGCGACAAGCAAUCCUUCAAAUGCAUCAAUCCUUGCGACUCGAUGGAAUGCUACAACGGCCUGUGCCAAGUGAAGAACCGCAAAACCGUUUGCCAAUGCGCUCCAGGAUUCCGACCCACUCAGGAUAACAAAUGCGUCGACGUUGACGAAUGCAGCACCAAUCCAUGCCAUCCAUCUGCCGUCUGUCGUAACACUCCUGGCAACUUCCAGUGCGUCUGUCCAGAUGGUUUAGUUGGAGAGCCCUACAAGGCCGGUUGCAAGAGACCGGGUCAAUGUGUCGCCGAUUCUGACUGCCCAUUGACGGCUUCUUGCGUUUCUGGUACCUGUAAAGACCCGUGCGGAUUAGCUGGCGCUUGCGGUAAAGGUUCUGACUGUGUCACCGAAAACCACUUGCCCGUCUGUCGCUGCCCGUUCCAAACCACAGGCAACCCGAAAAUCGAAUGCUACACGCUCCAGUGUGUCGACGGAUCAGAUUGUUCCCAGAAGGAAGCCUGCGUCAACAACAAGUGCGUUGAUGCUUGCGCUGCUUCCAACGCUUGCGGAUCCAACAGCGACUGUACCGCCGUCAAUCACCGAGCUGUUUGCGAAUGUAAAACCGGUUUCACCGGAAGCCCUUACCAAGGCUGCGUGGCUCUGGUACUUUGCGCUUCCGAAUCCCAGUGCCCGACGUCUCAAACUUGUACCGGUGGCGUUUGCGUUUCCCGGUGCCAGAGCAGCCGCGACUGUCUACCAUCGCAGCACUGCAUCGAAGGCAAAUGCCGUCCAGCUUGUACUGAAAAUUCCCAAUGCGCCAGCGGCCAGAUUUGCUACAACAGCGUCUGCGUCCAGGAGGUCCGUUGCCGCAGCGACCAGGAAUGCGGAGACGGUGAAAAUUGCUUGAAAUCCACCAACGGCAAAGCUGAAUGUCGAAACCCUUGCGAUGGUACGAUCCUCUGCGGCCGCAACGCCGCCUGUCAAGUGGUCAACCGCCAGGCCGUCUGCAGUUGCAAGGAAGGCUUUUUCGGCAACCCGCAGGACGAUAAGAUCGGCUGUCUCAAGAUUGAAUGUACCAACAACGAGGAAUGUUCGGCCGACAAACGCUGUCACGACAAUCGCUGCAAAAUCGCCUGCAUGGUCGAGAAUCUCUGCGGAAAGAACACGCUCUGCUUCUCCGAGAAACACCAGUCCGUCUGCAAAUGCCAGCCAGGGUACACCGGCAACGUCCAGACCGGUUGCACACCCAUCGACUAUUGUUCCCAGACGCCCUGCGCGGCCGGAGCCCGUUGCGAGAACACCCGCGGCUCUUACAAGUGUCUUUGCCCAGCCGGAACCGUCGGUGAACCGUACAAGGAAGGAUGCCAGCAGCCGGUUGAAUGCCGACAGAACACGGAUUGUCCGCCCUCUGCCGUUUGCGGCCGAGAAAAGGGCCAGCCGAAAUGUCAGGACGUCUGUGCCGGAUACUCUUGCGGACCCAACGCCGACUGUCUACCAGCCAAUCACAAAGCCGCUUGCGUUUGCCGCCAAGGAUUUGAAGGCAACGCUGCCGACCGAAAUGUCGGCUGCGUCCGUCAACCUGUCAGCUGUAAAGCUCAACCGGACUGCCCGCCCAACACGUUUUGUUACGGCGGAAUUUGCAAACCAGCCUGCCAAUCCAACGUCGAAUGUCAAGACGGCGAGGCCUGUGUCCGUGGACAAUGCGUCAAUCCCUGUUUGCUGGACGGCGCUUGCGGCAUGAACGCCCAAUGCCGGCCAGUAAAUCACGCCGCUGUUUGCUCGUGCUCGGCCGGAUUCACCGGAUCGCCCAAAACGGAAUGCAUCCGUGUUCCAGUGGCUUGUCGUCGCGAUAGCGAAUGCGGAAGCGGCAACAGAUGCAACGAAGGACGUUGCGUUCCCGUCUGCACUAGCGACUCCAAGUGCGCCAUCAACGAGAAAUGCGUCGCCGGACAAUGUAUGCUGACCUGCCGAGUGGACAACGAUUGUUUCCUCAGCCACAUUUGUCUCAACAACAUGUGCACCAUCGGUUGUCGACAGAACACCGAUUGCGCCACCGAUGAAGCUUGCAUUGACAGCCGCUGUAAAAAUCCCUGCAGCUCCGAAGCCGUUUGCGGACCUAACGCGUUGUGUAAUGUUGUCAAUCAACGAGCUCAAUGUACUUGUCCAGCUGGAUUCUUGGCUUACCCAACUCCCAACACGGCCUGCGUCCGAGAGCCAACACCUUGCACCGGAACCAAGAGCUGCGCUGCCGGAUUCACCUGUCAGAAUUCCGUCUGCCGUCCUCUCUGCUCGGCCGACUCUCAGUGUUUGGUCAACGAACGCUGCGGACAAGGAAUGUGCGUGCCUGUCUGUAGACAAGACACGGAUUGUUCCAGCGGCGAGAUUUGCUCGAUGGGAAGCUGCAAAACCGGAUGCCGAGUCGAUCCUGACUGCCCCAUGACUCACGCCUGUCUCAAUGCCCAGUGCGUCUCCGUCUGCGCCUCACCGGCCGCAUGCGGCACCAACGCCAAGUGUACCGGAACCAACCACCGAGCCCAAUGCACUUGCCUCGAAGGCUUAGUCGGAAACGCUAAAGUUGCUUGUCGCUAUCCACCAUCCACUUGCACCGGAACCACCGACUGUUUGGCCAACCAGAAAUGUAUUGGCGGAAUGUGCCGUCCCGGCUGUACCAAUGAUCAAGGAUGUCUUUCCGAUUCCCGAUGCAUCAACGGCGCUUGCAGUCCCGUCUGUAACAGCGACAACUUCUGUGACCGUGGUCAUGUCUGUCUAGAUCGUGUUUGCGUCGUCGGUUGCCGUAACGACGCUACUUGCCCGGCCAGUCAAGCCUGUAUCAACAACAAAUGCGUCGAUCCUUGCCGAGUCCCUAAUGUUUGUGGCAACUGCGCUGUUUGUGAAGUCAUCAAUCACGCAGCCCAGUGUACUUGCCCGUCGGGAUCGAUCGGUAACCCUCAAGUUGGAUGCGCCAUCACGCCGACAAGGUGUUCCACCAACGGCGAUUGCGGUUCAGGAGCUUGCAUUUCCGGUUUGUGCUCGAAAACCUGCACGAAGAUCAACGAUUGCAGUUGCGGUGAAACCUGCGUCCAGGGACGUUGUCGUCUCAAAUGCUCGGCGGACAACCAGUGCCCAACUGGUCAGCUCUGCCGAUUCGGAAGCUGCGCCGCCGGAUGUAAAGCCAACACCGAUUGCGCCGUCCAACAGGCUUGCAUUAACGGACAAUGUAAAGAUCCUUGUCAAGUCAGCCCGUGCGGAAAAGGAGCGGAAUGCCGAAUCUCUGACCACCGAGCAGUUUGCCUCUGCCCCAACGGCUACUCCGGAAAUCCGACUAUCGGUUGCGAGAAGAACGAAUGCGAACGCGACGGCGAUUGCGACAUGGAAAAGCGCUGCCAAAACAACCGCUGCGUCCUGCCGUGUCUCGAAGCCGGAGCUUGCGGAGUCAACGCCGUCUGCCGCUCUGUUAACCACAAGGCUCAGUGUCUUUGCCCACCCGGUUACUUCGGCAACGCUCAAAUUGAUUGCAAACAAGAUGUCAACGAAUGUUUGAGCAAUCCUUGCGGUGCCAACGCUGUUUGCACAGACAACGUGGGUAGUUUCACCUGCACUUGUUCACCUGGAUGCAUUGGCGAUCCGGUCAGGGGCUGCCUUUGCACAGCACCGUCCACGAUCGAUCCUUGCGCCGAUUCCGGCUGUGGACUUCACGCCCAAUGCCGAGUCGAAGGAAGCCGUCCCGUCUGCUUCUGUCCGCCCAAUUAUCCAUCUGGAAAUCCCCGCGUCGAAUGUGCUCUUGAAAAACCUUCGAUGAGAACGGAUUGCCGGACAGAAGGUUGCGGAGAAGGAGCUUCUUGUGUUGCCGAUGGCACUCUUUACGUCUGCCGUUGUCAGACUGGCCUCCAAGGAAACCCGGAUGUCCGUUGCAGCGCAGAUCGCUCCUGCUCGAUUGACAACGACUGCCCCAUGGAUAAGGCUUGCGUCAAUCGGCAGUGUCAAGAUCCCUGCUCGUUGCGAGAGGCUUGCGGUCAGAAUGCUCUCUGUAGCGUCGUCUUGCACAAGGCCCGCUGCUCUUGCCCACAAUGCUACAUCGGCCGGCCGACUCUCAAGUGCAGUCCAGAUCCCAGAUGUGGAACGACAACUCAGAGACCCGUUGCUGUCAUAACGACGCCCAGAAAUCCAGUGACGAGCAGUCCAAGACCCCCGACUUCACCCGUUGUAGCUGCCUGUUCCAGGGACAACCAGUGCUCGACCAAUCAUGCUUGCAACACCAAUUUGGGCACUUGCCAAGAUCCUUGCGACUUCAAGAACGUCGCCUGCGAUCAAGGCAAACGCUGUGAAGUCCGCCGACAUCGUCCCGUCUGCGUCUGUAAGCACGGCUUCGUGCUGAACGAAGCGGGCGAGAUGGCGUGCGGACCGAACCCGAUCGAAUGUCGAGUGGACGACGAAUGCGCUAGUAACUUGGCCUGCGUACAAGGCCGGUGCACGAAUCCUUGCGCUGGCACUCGUAAUCCCUGCACGGCUUCCAACAAAGUGUGCCAGGUGUUAGACCAUCGGGCCGUUUGCAUUUGCGUUGAAGACUGCACGGCUUCUGUGGCGAUUUGCUUGCGCGAUCGAGGCUGCCCACCCACCAUGGCCUGCGUCAACUUCCAGUGCCGUAAUCCGUGCGAGAAUUCCACCUGCCCAGAAAACCGGCCGUGCUACGUUGAAGAGCAUAAGGCCGUCUGCAAAUUCUGCCCGCCCGGAUUUGUGGUCAAUCCGCAAUACGGAUGCAUUCAAGCUGUCGGAUGUCGAACGGAUUCCGAAUGCCCUGCAAAGGAAGGUUGCGUUAACGGACGCUGUCAGGUAGUUGAUAUACCCAAAGAGCCUGUAGUGGGCGAAUGCCCUCCCUGCAAUGCCAAUGAAGAGUGUGACGCCACAACGCUCACUUGCUUCCCCGGACCACUCAAGCCUAUUGCGGUUGUGACGGAACCAACAACGGUCCCCGUUCCAGGACAGACGACCAGCGCUAAACCAGGGUAUCCUUAUCCUAGUACACCUGUGCCAAAUUUCACCUAUCCUCCGACAGAUCCUACCACUGAUUUUCCCCCAGUCUUUGGUUUUGGUUAUCCAAUGGACACUACACCAGAAACUCCAUUCACGAUCCCAACCACUCAACCGGCUUUAGCUGAAACAACUAGUCGUGUGCCUGGCUAUCCUAAACCACCCAAGCCAGAAAUUCCUUUUCCAAUUCCGACAACGGAAUUGGGGGUAGAAACAACGACCGCGAAAACAGUAACUCCAAUCACGAGACCACCACGUCCAACCCUACCUUUGGAACCGGUCGUUGCAGAAACAACAGCUCCUACCGUUCCAACUACCGUGCCCACGAAACUUCCUACUUAUCCUACUGUUCCUUCACCUAUUACGCCGUUGGCAGAAUCUCCAUCACCCCCACCAACUGCGGGUACUGCAAGUACUAGUAGACCACCGCCACCAACUGAGCCAGUAGUGGCAGAACCCGGUACUACACCUCCAACCAGUCCAACCACCGCUAGACCUCCUCGCCCUAGUUACCCUACACCUUCUAUAAUUCCACCGGUUGCUGAGACAUCAACUCGCCCUCCACCUCCUUCCCAAGAAACGUCAACUUCGAAACCUUCUACUGUGCCUGUUGUUGUGGAAACCCCAGCCCCACAAGUGCCAACAUCUCCAAUUCCUUACCCGCCUGCACCACCUGCUGUGCCUGUGUCACCUCCAGUGGCCGAAACUCCACGUCCCGACUACCCAUCACCUACACAGCAAACCACAAAACCCCCUCAACCUCCAGCUGUGCCUGUUGUUGCGGAGACACCUGUUCCUUCAACUCCCAAGCCGAUUGGCCCUUCUACACCUAGACCUUCUAACCCUCCUAGUAAUCCACCAUUGGCUGAAACCCCCAAACCUUCUUAUCCUUCUCCUGUUCAAGAGCCACCUAGCAUUUCAAACCCACCCACUGUUCCAGUAAUUGCUGAAACACCUAGCCCCACUCCUAAACCUGAAAUUCCAUAUCCACCUGCACCUCCUUCUAUUCCUCCUUAUCAACCACCAACGGCUGAAUCUCCUGCACCAUCGCCACCUGCAACCACUGGAACAACUCGGCCUCCGUUGCCGACAGAGCCAGUAGUGGCUGAACCUAGCCCGCCUAAUGAGUCAGAAAAACCAUUUACAAGACCACCUGUUCCUUCUUAUCCAACUCCUCCUAACCUUCCACCUAUUGCAGAACCAUCAGUACGACCACCUUCACCAACACAAGCACCACCAUCAAUUGCUUACCCACCUACCGUGCCAGUUAUUGCUGAAACUCCAUCACCCAGUACAACUAAACCAAUUGGUCCCUCUCCACCUAGACCUUCUAACCCUCCUAGCUUACCACCUUCAGCCGAGACACAAAAACCUGCCUAUCCCGCUCCCGUUCAGGAAACACCUGGUAUUUCUAACCCUCCAUCUGUACCAGUGGUUGCGGAAACUCCUGCGCCUUCGGCAGUUACACCUUCAUAUGUAUCAUAUCCUCCUCCAACUCCACCUGGUUUACCACCUUUAGCUGAAACCUCUCGCCCUCAAUAUCCAUCACCUACACAAGAAACUACUAAUAUUCCUCGCCCCCCAACAGUUCCGGUUGUUGCCGAAACACCAUAUCCUUCAACUACCCGACCGAUUGUAACCCCUCCAAAACCUUUAACGCCUUCUAGUAUACCACCUUUAGCAGAAACCCCAAGACCCAGUUAUCCUUCUCCUGUACAAGAACCACCCGGCAUUUCUAACCCGCCUACUGUGCCAGUAAUUGCUGAGACACCUCGGCCUACUCCUAAACCUGAAAUUCCAUACCCACCUGCAACUCCUUCUAUUCCCACGCAAAAACCCCCAACAGCUGAAACUCCAGCUCCUUCCCCACCAGCAAUACCGGGGACGAGUAGACCUCCUCUCCCAAUAGAGCCUGUUGUUGCUGAACCUAGUCCUCCUUAUGGUCCAGCUACUCCUGCAACGAGACCGCCUCGCCCGUCUUAUCCUACUCCACCACAACUUCCACCUAUCGCUGAGACCUCAUCUCGACCACCAUAUCCUACCCAGGCACCACCAUCAAAUUUUAACCCCCCUACUUUACCGGUUAUUGCUGAAACUUCAUCACCCAGUACACCUAGACCAGUUGGUCCAACUCCACCUAGACCUUCAAAUCCUCCUAGCAUUCCUCCUUUAGCCGAAACCCAAAAACCUUAUUAUCCUUCUCCCGUUCAAGAAAUUCCGGGCAUUUCUAACCCACCUACUGUCCCAGUUAUUGCUGAAACUCCUUUACCCAGUACACCCAGACCAGCAGGUCCCACUCCACCAAAACCCUACAACCCUCCUAGCAUACCACCUUUGGCCGAAACACCAAAACCUUCUUAUCCUGCUCCUGUACAAGAACCACCUGGCAUUUCUAACCCACCUACUGUUCCAGUAAUUGCUGAGACAACGCGGCCCACUCCUAAACCUGAUAUUUCAUACCCACCUCCAGCUCCUUCCGUUCCUCCUUUCCAACCCCCAACGGCGGAAUCUCCUGCUCCAUCCCCACCGGCAAUACCAGGAACCAGUAGACCUCCGUUACCAACUGAGCCGGUUAUAUCUGAACCAAGCCCUCCUUAUGUGCCAGCUACUCCUGCAACGAGGCCGCCUCGCCCGUCUUAUUCUACUCCACCACAACUUCCACCUAUCGCUGAGACCUCAUCUCGACCACCAUAUCCUACCCAGGCACCACCAUCAAAUUUUAACCCCCCUACUUUACCGGUUAUUGCUGAAACUUCAUCACCCAGUACACCUAGACCAGUUGGUCCAACUCCACCUAGACCUUCAAAUCCUCCUAGCAUUCCUCCUUUAGCCGAAACCCAAAAACCUUAUUAUCCUUCUCCCGUUCAAGAAACUCCGGGCAUUUCUAACCCACCUACUGUCCCAGUUAUUGCUGAAACUCCUUUACCCAGUACACCCAGACCAGCAGGUCCCACUCCACCAAAACCCUACAACCCUCCUAGCAUACCACCUUUGGCCGAAACACCAAAACCUUCUUAUCCUGCUCCUGUACAAGAACCACCUGGCAUUUCUAACCCACCUACUGUUCCAGUAAUUGCUGAGACAACGCGGCCCACUCCUAAACCUGAUAUUUCAUACCCACCUCUACCUCCUUCCGUUCCUCCUUUCCAACCCCCAACGGCUGAAUCUCCCGCGCAAUCACCACCAGCAAUACCAGGAACUAGUAGACCUCCGUUACCAACUGAGCCGGUUAUAUCUGAACCAAUCCCUCCUUAUGGUCCAGCUACUCCUUCUACAAGGCCACCUCGCCCAUCCUAUCCUACUCCCCCUCAUCUCCCACCCAUUGCUGAGACCUCAUAUAAACCACCUUUACCUACGAAAGCACCUUCUUCAGUUCCCUAUCCUUCCACCGUUCCGGUAAUUGCUGAAACAAUUUCAUCGACUUCACGACCAAUUGGCCCAACACCACUAAGACCAUAUAACCCACCUAGUAUGCCGCCUGUGGCCGAAACUCCCAGUCCUUCUAAUCCAGCUCCUAUUCAAGAGCAACCUGGUAUUUCUAACCCACCUACUGUCUCCGUUAUCGCUGAAACUUCUCGGCCUACUCCUCCCCCUGGAUCACAGUAUUCACCUCCAUCUCCUUCCGUUCCUCCAUUCCAACCUCCAGUAGCAGAAAGUCCUGCUCCUUCCCCUCCUGCAACACCAGGAACAAGUAGGCCUCCACCACCCAUUGAACCAGUCGUAGCUGAACCCAGUCCACCAGGUCCAGCUCAGCCAGGCACAAGGCCUCCACGACCAAACUAUCCAACUCCUCCUAGUUUAUCACCUGAGGCUGAAACGCAACGACCUUAUCCACCUUCACCUACCCCACAGCAACCUUCGAUAUCUAAUCCUCCAACGGUUCCCGUGAUUGGAGAACAACCAUCGACGACCAAUAAACCAUAUCCUCCUCAUCCACCCCCUGUUACAUCGUCUCCUGCCCUUCCACCAUUAGCUGGAACACCUUCACAAUAUCCUAUAGGCCCAACUUCUCGACCACCUGGUUAUCCUGUACCACCUCCGACUUCUCCCGUUGAAGCGGAAGUACCUUCCCCGUCACCUCAAGAUAAACCUGGUUUGCCAUCUUAUCCACAAGUUCCCAGUAGACCACCAACAGCUGUUUUACCCACUCGGCCCUCGGCAGUAGCCGGAACGCGGCCUCCAGGUUCCCCUCCCACUGUCCCUGUAAUUGGGGAAAGACCACCUUCCAAUCCCAUUUCACCACCUUCUCAAAAACCAGAUCCUUACCCUUACCCUAAACCACCUCCAUCAAUACCCGAAAUAACCACUAGGCCACCGCCAACAGUGCCUGGUCAAACCCCUGUCACCCCCGGUACCCCAACACCCGUAGUUGCUGAACCGUCUCGUCCUGAAACACCGGGUCGUCCACAAAUCCAGCAGCCACCUACUGGAACGCAAGUCACACCACCAUCGUUUGUCUGGCCUGAGCCGCUUAGACCUAUCACGUCGGAACGGCCUUCAUUCGGUCGCCCGACUCCUCCACAGGUGAUCAUCCCACCGAAAACGGGUUGCGUCAGCAACAACGACUGCCUGGACACCGAGGCCUGUGACAUCCCUAACGAGCGCUGUGUCGACCCUUGUUCUUUCCAGCCUUGUGUGCCGAAUGCUCAGUGCCAAGUGGUGUAUCACAAUCCUGUCUGCGCUUGCCGCCCUGGAUACACAGGAGUUGCCAGCAUCCAAUGCAUACCUGUGGUUGUCGGUGAAUGCCUGUCCAACAACGAUUGUCCUUAUGAUCGUUACUGCGAUCGCCCUACUGCCCAGUGUAUUCCAGUUUGCCAGACGCGCAUCUGUGGGCAACUUGCUUCAUGCCAGGCAGUCAAUCAUAAUGCCGUCUGCAGUUGCCUUGAAGGCUAUACAGGAAACCCUCGCGAGCAGUGUUAUAAAUUGACUGGCUGCCGAAGCAACAACGACUGCCCAGCAAAAGAAGCUUGCAUUAACGGACAGUGUGUUAAUCCAUGCCGUUGUGGAGUUGGAGCUGUUUGCGAAAUUAGGGAUCACAGCCCAAUCUGCAAAUGUCCACCAGGAACAGUUGGCAAUCCUCUAUCCGGCUGCACAUCUCCAGUAGUAUCAGAACCAUGCAAUCCCAGCCCGUGUGGACCGAAUGCUGAUUGUUCUGUAGGAGUGACCAAAAAUCCAAUUUGUACUUGUCGUCCUGGCUUUUACGGAGAUCCCCAAAGCAAUCGUGGGUGUGGACCUGAAUGUACCACAAACAGCGCAUGCCAGUCGACACAGGCGUGCAUCAACCAAAAGUGUCGCGAUCCAUGCCCAGGAGUUUGUGGAAUAAACGCAGCUUGUCGAGUGUCAGGACACAAUCCAGUUUGCUCAUGCGUUCCUGGAUAUACCGGAAACCCGUACCAGAAUUGCAAUCCGAUUGUCGUUUCGGCCGUCGAGACUCCAACUUUGGCGCCACCUAUCUCUUAUCCACAACAACCACCAAGACCAGAUUGCCCUAACUGUAAACCCGAAUGCGUCCUUAACUCGGACUGCCCGCCCAACUUAGCCUGCAUCAACGCAAAGUGCAGAGAUCCCUGUCCUGGAGUCUGUGGCCAAAAUGCAGUCUGCAAAGUCAACAAUCACAACCCGAUAUGCUCUUGCCUGCAAGGAUAUCAAGGCGACCCUACCAGAUCUUGUGCUCCACGACCGGUUGAACCAGUUGUUUCGGAGCCAGUCGUUACUCAGCCUUGCAAUCCAAGUCCGUGUGGCAACUACGCAGAAUGUCGUCCAGUCAACAAUCAAGCAGUGUGCUCUUGCUUACCAGGUUACUUUGGCACACCUUGCCGUCCCGAAUGCGUUGCCAGCAGUGACUGUCCUCAGAACAAAGCCUGUGUUAAUCAGAAAUGUGUCGACCCAUGCCCAGGCACAUGUGGAAUUGGAGCUAACUGCGUCGUCAAAGAUCACAAUCCCAUCUGUUCUUGCCCUGGCAGCAUGACAGGCGAUCCUUUCGUUCGUUGUACAGAACCAGUAGUUGUCCAACCCGAAACAGUCACCACAAGACCGAAAGAUCCCUGCACUCCAACCCCGUGUGGUGUUGGAGCAGAAUGCAGAUCCCAAGGAAAUAGUGCUACUUGCAAAUGUCCAAUUAAUUAUGUAGGAGAUCCUUAUACUGGAUGUCGACCAGAAUGUGUUCAAAACUCAGACUGCCCGCGCGACAAAAGCUGCGCUAACAACCGGUGCAUUAAUCCAUGUCCGGGCGUCUGUGGAUUGAACGCAGAGUGUCGAGUUACCAAUCAUUAUCCAGUCUGUAGUUGUAUCUCUGGUUACACUGGCGAUGCCUCAUCAGCUUGCCGUCCUAUUCCAAUUGAAAGUCGUCCAAUAGAACCUGUUGUGACUGAAAGGCCAUGUGUUCCAUCACCAUGUGGACCAAAUAGCGCCUGCAGAGAAGUUAGCAAUAAACCCGUCUGCUCUUGUCAAUCUGGAUUCGUAGGAGUUCCUCCUAGCUGCCGACCCGAGUGUUCAUCGAAUGCUGAAUGCUCUCAGUCAUUGGCCUGUAUAAACCAAAAAUGUCGAGAUCCUUGUCCAGGAGUUUGUGGGGAGAACGCUAUCUGUCGAGUCACCAAUCACAACCCAAUUUGCAACUGUCCUAACGACCGUACAGGCGAUCCAUUCAUUCGUUGCCAACCUUUCCCUGCUCGUCCUCAAGAGCCGGUCAUUGAAGAACGACCUAACCCUUGCAUUCCUUCGCCAUGUGGUCCUAAUUCCCAAUGCCAGGUUGUAAGAAACCAAGCCCAAUGUGGAUGUCAAGACGGUAUGAUCGGUACUGUACCAAACUGCCGACCCGAAUGUGUUCGUAACAGCGAUUGCCCAUCGAAUUUGGCUUGCAUCAACCAAAAGUGUAAAGAUCCUUGUCCGGGAGUAUGCGGUGCCAACACUCAAUGUCGAGUAGUCGGUCACAAUCCAGUUUGUUCUUGCAAGGAAUCCUAUACAGGCGACCCAUACCGAAACUGCGUUCCGAUUCAACCUGUUGUGUCCGAACCAGUCAAGAAACCUCCUACUCCAAAUCCUUGCGUUCCAUCACCUUGUGGUGCAAAUGCCGUUUGUAGAGAUCAGUCAGGAUUGGCAAUAUGUCAGUGUCUACCUGAAUACUUUGGUGACGCCCGCCAGGGAUGUAAACCCGAAUGCGUUCUUAAUUCCGACUGCGCUUCCACCCAAGUUUGUGUCAACCAAAAAUGCCGCGAUCCUUGCCCAGGAUUAUGUGGCAACAACGCAGAAUGCCGAGUCGUUAACCAUUUCGCCACUUGCUAUUGUCCUCAAGGCUAUACGGGUAGUCCACUGGAAUCGUGCAAGGUCAUUCCAGUUGAAGUGCCAAGACCAACUCAACCGACCGCCGCUGAAAAGUGUACUCCAUGCAAUCCAUCUCCUUGUGGUCCAUACAGUGUCUGUCGAGAAGUGGAUUGUCGCCCUGUUUGCUCCUGUCAAACUGAAUACCAAGGCGUGCCACCCAGUUGUAGGCCUGAAUGUCUCCUGAACUCAGAUUGUGAAUCCACUUUGGCUUGCAUCAAACAAAAAUGUAAGGAUCCUUGUGCUGGAAUCUGCGGCCAGGGAGCUGAAUGUCGUGUGGUAUCCCACAACCCGAUUUGCAGUUGUCCACGUGGAAAAACAGGAGAUCCUUUUAUCGAGUGUCGCCCAACACCAGUUGUGACACCACCCAUUCAACCACAAGUUGUCGAUCCAUGUGUGCCAACACCAUGCGGACCAAACAGCGUAUGCCAAGUCCUUAACGACAAAGCUACCUGUGGUUGUGUCGCCAAUAUGAUUGGAACGGCACCCAACUGCCGACCUGAGUGUGUAGUGAACAGUGAUUGUCCUAGCAACCGAGCAUGUGUCAGCCAAAAGUGUGUCGAUCCCUGCCCCGGCUCUUGUGGUUUCAACGCAGAUUGCCGAGUUGCUAACCACCAACCAGUCUGCUCGUGUCAACCAAAAUUCACCGGUGACCCUUACGCGUCUUGUCGCCCCAUUCCUGUCGUCGUGCCACCGACUGAACCUUCAGUCGUUAAACCUUGCGAUCCUUCGCCUUGCGGACCGAACAGCAUAUGUAGACCAGUCGGGUCUGAGCCUGUUUGCUCUUGCCAGUCAGGCUUUGACGGUGUUCCACCUGAAUGUCGACCUGAAUGUAUUUCGAGUUCGGAAUGCCCCCCGUCUAAAGCUUGUGUCAACAUGAAAUGUCAAGAUCCAUGCCCCGGGGCAUGUGGCCGAGAUGCACAAUGCCGAGUUGUUAACCACAGCCCAAUUUGCAUCUGUCCGUCUGGAUGGACUGGCGACCCUCUAACUGGAUGCCGAAUCAUCCCUAUUGUAGCACCAACACCUAAUCCUGUAGUGGAGGAAAGCACGUUACGUCCAAUACCACCAAACCCGUGUACACCAUCACCAUGUGGACCAAAUUCGCAAUGCCAAGCCGUUUCAGGACAAGCCCAAUGUGGCUGUGUAUCGGGCAUGAUCGGAACUGCACCCAACUGUCGACCUGAGUGUGUACUGAGCUCCGACUGCACAUCAAAUAGAGCUUGUAUCAAUCAGAAAUGUGUUGAUCCAUGCCCCGGAGUUUGUGCACCGAACGCAGAGUGCAGAGUGGUUAGCCAUUCUCCAGUCUGUAGUUGUGUAGCUGGGUACACAGGCGAUGCUUUUAGCAACUGUCGACCAAUCCCUGCUGUUGUUGAACCAAACGUCGUCCAACCGCCAACUCCUUGCGAUCCCAAUCCUUGUGGUACCAAUGCUCAAUGCAAAUCACAAAACGGAGCCAUCAAUUGCGUCUGUCCGGCAAACUAUGUCGGCGAUCCGUACAGCUCUUGUCGACCUGAAUGCGUUCUUAACACAGAUUGCCAAAGAGAUAAAAAUUGCGUGAAUAGCCGCUGCGUCGAUCCAUGCCCGGGAACUUGUGGAAUGAACGCUAUCUGUAGGGUAACAAAUCACAUCCCUGUAUGCAGUUGCAAAGAGUCUCACACUGGAGAUCCUUAUGGAUCUUGCCGUCCUAUUCCCGUGAAACCGCUCAUAACAUCUCCAAGUGAAGUAGAAAGACCUUGCGUACCGACACCUUGCGGUCCAAAUAGUCAAUGCCGUGAGGUCGGCAAUGCUCCGGUCUGUUCUUGUCAGUCAGGCUACCUUGGUGUACCACCAGAAUGUAGACCGGAAUGUGUGUCAAGCUCAGAGUGCGCACCGUCUCAGGCUUGUGUCAACUUCAAAUGUCAAGAUCCCUGUCCUGGAACCUGUGGUCGAGAUGCUCAGUGCCGUGUAGUUAAUCACAACCCGAUUUGCGUGUGCCCUUCGGGAUGGACUGGUGAUCCUCUUACUGGUUGUCACAUUAUUCCUACACCGGUACCAAACCCUGUAGUGGAAGAAGGCACGUUACGACCCAUACCACCCAACCCUUGCACGCCAUCACCAUGCGGACCAAACUCGCAAUGCCAAGUCGUUUCUGGUCAAGCUCAAUGUGGAUGUGCGUCUGGGAUGAUUGGUUCUGUGCCCAACUGUCGGCCAGAAUGUGUACUCAGCUCGGACUGCCCAUCGAAUAGGGCCUGCAUCAAUCAGAAAUGCGUUGAUCCUUGCCCCGGUACUUGUGCAUCCAACGCUGAUUGUAGAGUUGUCAACCACUCCCCCGUAUGCAAUUGUGCAACGGGUUACAUUGGCGAUGGUUUUAGUAAUUGUCGUCCGAUUCCAGCAGUCGUCGAACCAAACGUCGUCCAGCCGUCGACACCUUGUGAUCCUAAUCCUUGCGGUACCAACGCUCAAUGCAAAACGCGAAAUGGGGCAAUCGAUUGCUCCUGUCCUGGAAACUAUGUUGGUGAUCCUUACAGUUCUUGUCGACCAGAAUGUGUUCUCAACACAGACUGUCCUCGUGACCAGAGCUGUUCUCGCAAUCGCUGUAUUGAUCCUUGUCCAGGAACAUGUGGUUUGAAUGCUGAUUGCAGAAUCUCAAAUCACAUUCCUGUUUGCAGUUGCAAACAAUCCCAUACUGGAGACCCUUACGGCUCCUGUCGUCCUAUACCUGUGAUAAUACCUCCCACAUCUCCGUCAGUUGUCGAGAAACCUUGCGAUCCUUCUCCUUGCGGACCAAACAGUAUUUGUAGACCUGUCGGAAACUCUCCUGUCUGCUCCUGCCAGACCAACUAUCUAGGCCUUCCACCCAAUUGUAGACCUGAGUGCGUAUCCAGUGCCGAAUGCCCGGCUUCUCAAGCGUGCGUCAACUUAAAGUGUCAGGAUCCUUGCAAAGAUAUUUGUGGUCGCGACGCUAAUUGCAAAGUCGUCAAUCAUAAUCCAAUCUGCAUCUGUCCUUCUGGAUGGACUGGAGAUCCAUUAACUGGAUGCCGAAUCAUUCCGACUGCUUUACCAAGCCCAGUUGUAGAAGAAGGAACACUAAGACCCAUCCCACCUAAUCCGUGCACACCAAAUCCUUGCGGACCCAACUCACAAUGCCAAGCAGUGUUCGGAAAGGCGGAAUGCGGAUGUCUUAGCAACAUGAUUGGCUCAGCACCGAACUGUCGACCGGAGUGUGUCCUUAACUCAGACUGCCCAGCGAGUAGCGCUUGUGUCAAUCAGAAAUGCGUCGAUCCUUGUCCAGGAACCUGUGGCUCAAACUCUGAAUGUCGUGUAGUCAACCACUCGCCUGUUUGCAGUUGUGCAGCAGGUUUCACUGGCAACGCUUUCAACGACUGUCGACCAGUCCCCACCGUCGUUGAACCAAAUGUUGUUCAACCACCGAGCCCUUGCGAUCCCAACCCAUGCGGAACCAAUGCCCAGUGCAAAUCGCAAAAUGGAGCCAUCAAUUGCGUGUGCCCGGCAAAUUAUAUCGGAGAUCCGUUUGACUCAUGUCGACCUGAAUGCCUUUUAAACACGGAUUGUCCUCGUGAAAAGAGCUGCGUGAAAAACCGAUGCGUUGAUCCUUGUCAGGGAACAUGCGGUUCCAACGCUGACUGUAGAGUUGCCAACCACAUUCCCGUUUGCAGUUGCAAAGAGGCCCAUACUGGAGAUCCUUAUGGAUCUUGCCGUCCAAUUCCUGUGAUAAUUCCACCGACUUCACCAAGUGUUAUCGAAAAACCAUGCGAUCCUCCUCCAUGUGGUCCUCAUAGUACAUGUAGACCGGUCGGCAACGCUCCUGUCUGCGCUUGUCAGCCAGGCUAUUUGGGAAUUCCACCGGAAUGUAGACCUGAAUGCGUAUCUAGCUCUGAAUGCGCUCCUGCACAAGCCUGUCUCAACUUCAAAUGCCAAGAUCCUUGUCCCGGAACUUGCGGCAGAGAUGCCCAAUGCAAAAUAGUCAACCACAACCCCAUUUGUAUUUGUCCAGCUGGAUGGACUGGUGACCCAUUAACAGGGUGCCGUAUAAUACCGACUCCGAUACCCAACCCUGUAGUGGAAGAAGGCACAUUGCGACCCAUUCCACCUAAUCCGUGCACACCAUCGCCAUGCGGACCCAGUUCGCAGUGUCAAGUGGUUUCUGGACAAGCCCAGUGCGGCUGUCUUCCGAAUAUGAUUGGCUCCGCCCCGAAUUGUAGACCGGAAUGUUUGGUCAGCUCAGACUGCCCAUCGCAAAGCGCUUGCAUAAACCAGAGAUGUAUCGAUCCUUGUUCAGGAACAUGCGCUAGCAAUUCUGAUUGUCGCGUUGUCAAUCAUUCACCCGUUUGCACCUGUGCCGUUGGUUACACGGGCAAUGGUUUUACAGAUUGUCGACCAGUCCCAGCAGUGGUCGAACCAAAUGUCGUCCAACCACCGACUCCUUGCGAUCCAAACCCUUGUGGAACCAACGCCCAAUGCAAAACGCAAAAUGGAGCCAUCAAUUGCGUGUGCCCUGCUAGUUACAUAGGUGAUCCCUACAGUUCUUGUCGGCCAGAAUGUGUUCUCAGCACAGACUGUCCCCGUGAUAAGAACUGCCUUCAAAAUCAAUGCGUGGAUCCAUGCGUGGGAACAUGUGGCUUUAACGCCGACUGUAGAGUUUCUAACCACCUCCCCGUUUGCAGUUGCAAAGAAUCGCACACUGGUGAUCCUUAUGGAUCUUGUCGCCCUAUUCCUGUGAUAAUACCACCGACCGCUCCCUCCCUUGUCGAGGAACCGUGCAAACCAUCUCCUUGUGGACCAAAUAGCGUCUGCAGGCCAGUCGGUAACGCUCCCGUCUGCUCUUGUCAACCAAACUACUUGGGCUUGCCACCGGAUUGUAGACCGGAAUGUGUUUCAAGUUCAGAAUGUGCUCCUUCGCAAGCUUGUCUGAAUCUCAAGUGCCAAGAUCCUUGCAAAGAAACUUGUGGCCGAGAAGCACAAUGCAAAGUUGUCAAUCACAACCCGAUUUGCGUGUGUCCAUCAGGGUGGACAGGCGAUCCUAUGACCGGGUGUCGCAUUAUUCCGACACCCAUACCUAGCCCAUCUGUUGAGGAAGGCACAUUACGACCCAUUCCACCUAAUCCUUGCACGCCAACACCUUGCGGACCCAACUCGCAAUGCCAAGUUGUGUCAGGACAGGCCCAAUGCGGAUGUGUGGCCGGAAUGAUUGGCUCCGCUCCUAAUUGCCGUCCCGAGUGUGUACUCAGUUCAGAGUGUCCAUCAAACAGGGCUUGUAUCAACCAGAAAUGUGUGGAUCCAUGCCUUGGAACAUGUGCACCAAACGGCGAAUGUCGCGUUGUUAACCACCGACCCGUUUGUAGUUGCGCAACUGGUUACUCCGGAGACGGAUUUAGCAAUUGCCAGCCAAUUCCAGUUGUUGUCGAACCAAAUAUCGUCCAACCACCAACUCCUUGCGACCCAAAUCCUUGCGGUACCAACGCCCAAUGCAAGACGCGAAACGGGGCAAUCGAUUGCUCUUGUCCAGGAAACUAUGUCGGUGAUCCAUUCAGUUCAUGCAGACCCGAAUGUGUUCUCAACACGGACUGUCCACGCGAUAAAAGCUGCUCUCGAAACCGCUGUGUUGAUCCGUGUGUGGGAGCUUGUGGCGAUAAUGCUGACUGUAGAGUUGCGAACCACAUUCCCGUUUGCAGCUGCAAAGAAGCCCACACUGGCGAUCCUUACGGAUCUUGCCGUCCUAUUCCCGUGAAGAUUCCUCCAACCUCACCAAGUGUUAUCGAAAAACCUUGCGAUCCUCCUCCGUGUGGUCCUCAUAGUACAUGUAGACCAGUCGGCAACGCUCCUGUCUGCGCUUGUCAGCCAGGCUAUUUGGGAAUUCCACCAGAAUGUAGACCGGAAUGCGUCUCGAGCUCUGAAUGCGCUCCCUCACAAGCCUGUCUCAACUUUAAGUGCCAAGAUCCUUGUCCUGGAACUUGCGGCCGAGACGCAAAAUGUCAAGUUGUUAACCACAACCCGAUUUGCGUGUGUCCAUCGGGAUGGACUGGUGAUCCUCUAACUGGUUGUCACAUUAUACCUACACCAAUACCCAACCCUGUUGUUGAAGAAGGCACGUUACGACCCAUACCACCUAAUCCAUGCACGCCAUCACCAUGCGGACCCAGUUCACAAUGCCAAGUGGUUUCAGGACAAGCCCAGUGCGGGUGUCUUCCGAAUAUGAUUGGUUCGGCCCCAAAUUGUAGACCGGAGUGUUUGGUCAGCUCAGACUGCCCAUCCCAAAGCGCUUGCAUCAACCAGAAAUGUAUCGAUCCCUGUUCAGGAACAUGCGCUAGCAAUUCUGAUUGUCGUGUUAUCAAUCACUUACCCGUUUGCACCUGUGCCGUUGGUUACACGGGCAACGGUUUUACAGAUUGUCGCCCUGUGCCAGUAGUUGUCGAGCCAAAUGUUGUCCAACCACCUACUCCAUGCGAUCCCAAUCCUUGUGGCACCAAUGCCCAAUGCAACACACGAAACGGAGCCAUCAAUUGUGUCUGCCCAGCAAAUUAUGUCGGCGAUCCGUACAGCUCUUGUCGACCUGAAUGCGUUCUAAACACAGAAUGUCCAAGAGAUAAAAAUUGCGUGAAUAAUCGUUGCGUCGAUCCAUGCCCAGGAACUUGCGGUAUUAACGCUGUUUGUAGGGUCACGAAUCAUAUCCCUGUCUGCAGUUGCAAAGAGUCUCACACCGGAGAUCCUUAUGGAUCCUGUCGUCCUAUUCCCGUUAAACCGCUCAUAACAUCUCCAAGUGAAGUAGAAAGACCUUGCGUACCGACACCUUGCGGUCCAAAUAGUCAAUGCCGUGAGGUCGGCAAUGCUCCGGUCUGUUCUUGUCAGUCAGGCUACCUUGGUGUACCACCAGAAUGUAGACCGGAAUGUGUGUCAAGCUCAGAGUGCGCACCGUCUCAGGCGUGUGUCAACUUCAAAUGUCAAGAUCCCUGUCCUGGAACCUGUGGUCGAGAUGCUCAGUGCCGUGUAGUUAAUCACAACCCGAUUUGCGUGUGUCCUUCGGGAUGGACUGGUGAUCCUCUAACUGGUUGUCGCGUUAUUCCUACACCAGUACCAAACCCUGUAGUGGAAGAAGGCACGUUACGACCCAUUCCACCCAACCCUUGCACGCCAUCACCAUGCGGACCAAACUCGCAAUGUCAAGUCGUUUCUGGUCAAGCUCAAUGUGGAUGUGUGUCUGGGAUGAUUGGUUCUGUGCCUAACUGUCGGCCAGAAUGUGUACUCAGCUCAGACUGUCCGUCAAAUAGGGCCUGCAUCAAUCAGAAAUGUAUUGAUCCUUGCCCUGGUACUUGUGCAUCCAACGCUGAUUGUAGAGUCGUCAACCACUCCCCCGUGUGCAAUUGCGCAACGGGUUAUACUGGCGAUGGUUUCAGUAAUUGCCGUCCAAUUCCAGCAGUCGUCGAACCAAACGUCGUUCAACCACCGAGACCGUGCGACACUAACCCAUGUGGAACGAACGCUCAAUGCAAAUCACAAAACGGAGCCAUCAAUUGCGUCUGCCCGUCAAAUUAUGUUGGCGAUCCUUACAGUUCUUGUCGACCAGAAUGUGUUCUCAACACAGACUGUCCUCGAGACCAGAGCUGUUCUCGCAAUCGCUGCAUCGAUCCUUGUCCAGGAACAUGUGGAUUGAAUGCUGAUUGCAGUGUUUCAAAUCAUAUUCCUGUUUGCAGUUGCAAACAAUCCUACACGGGAGACCCUUAUGGCUCCUGCCGUCCUAUACCUGUGAUAAUACCUCCAACAUCUCCCUCAGUUGUCGACAAACCUUGUGAUCCACCUCCGUGUGGACCGAACAGUAUAUGCAAACCAGUCGGAAACGCCCCAGUGUGCUCCUGUCAACCUAAUUACUUGGGUUUACCACCAAACUGUAGACCCGAAUGCGUAUCUAGUGCCGAAUGUCCCGCUUCUCAAGCGUGCGUCAACUUCAAAUGUCGAGAUCCCUGUUUAGGAACCUGUGGAAGAGAUGCCGAAUGUUUUGUUGUUAAUCAUAGUCCAGUCUGUGUCUGUCCUUCUGGAUGGACCGGUGAUCCAUUAACUGGAUGCCGAAUCAUUCCGACUGCUAUACCUAGCCCAGUUGUAGAAGAAGGAACACUAAGACCCAUCCCACCUAAUCCCUGCACACCAAAUCCUUGCGGACCCAACUCACAAUGCCAAGCAGUGUCCGGACAGGCGGAAUGCGGAUGUCUUAGCAACAUGAUCGGCUCGGCACCGAACUGUCGACCGGAGUGUAUCCUUAACUCAGACUGCCCAGCCAGUAGCGCUUGUGUCAAUCAGAAAUGCGUCGAUCCUUGUCCAGGAACCUGUGGCUCAAACUCUGAAUGUCGCGUAGUCAACCACUCGCCUGUUUGCAGUUGUGCAGCAGGUUUCACUGGCAACGCUUUCAACGACUGCCGACCAGUCCCCGUCGUCGUUGAACCAAAUGUUGUUCAACCACCGAGCCCUUGCGAUCCCAACCCAUGCGGAACCAAUGCCCAGUGCAAAUCGCAAAACGGAGCCAUCAAUUGCGUGUGCCCGGCAAAUUAUAUCGGAGAUCCGUUUGACUCAUGUCGACCUGAAUGCCUUUUAAACACGGAUUGUCCUCGUGAAAAGAGCUGCGUGAAAAACCGAUGCGUUGAUCCUUGUCAGGGAACAUGCGGUUCCAACGCUGACUGUAGAGUUGCCAACCACAUUCCCGUUUGCAGUUGCAAAGAGGCCCAUACUGGAGAUCCUUAUGGAUCUUGCCGUCCAAUUCCUGUGAUAAUUCCACCGACUUCACCAAGUGUUAUCGAAAAACCAUGCGAUCCUCCUCCAUGUGGUCCUCAUAGUACAUGUAGACCGGUCGGCAACGCUCCUGUCUGCGCUUGUCAGCCAGGCUAUUUGGGAAUUCCACCGGAAUGUAGACCUGAAUGCGUAUCUAGCUCUGAAUGCGCUCCUGCACAAGCCUGUCUCAACUUCAAAUGCCAAGAUCCUUGUCCCGGAACUUGCGGCAGAGAUGCCCAAUGCAAAAUAGUCAACCACAACCCCAUUUGUAUUUGUCCAGCUGGAUUGACUGGUGACCCAUUAACAGGGUGCCGUAUAAUACCGACUCCGAUACCCAACCCUGUAGUGGAAGAAGGCACAUUGCGACCCAUUCCACCUAAUCCGUGCACACCAUCGCCAUGCGGACCCAGUUCGCAGUGUCAAGUGGUUUCUGGACAAGCCCAGUGCGGCUGUCUUCCGAAUAUGAUUGGCUCCGCCCCGAAUUGUAGACCGGAAUGUUUGGUCAGCUCAGACUGCCCAUCGCAAAGCGCUUGCAUAAACCAGAGAUGUAUCGAUCCUUGUUCAGGAACAUGCGCUAGCAAUUCUGAUUGUCGCGUUGUCAAUCAUUCACCCGUUUGCACCUGUGCCGUUGGUUACACGGGCAAUGGUUUUACAGAUUGUCGACCAGUCCCAGCAGUGGUCGAACCAAAUGUCGUCCAACCACCGACUCCUUGCGAUCCAAACCCUUGUGGAACCAACGCCCAAUGCAAAACGCAAAAUGGAGCCAUCAAUUGCGUGUGCCCUGCUAGUUACAUAGGUGAUCCCUACAGUUCUUGUCGGCCAGAAUGUGUUCUCAGCACAGACUGUCCCCGUGAUAAGAACUGCCUUCAAAAUCAAUGCGUGGAUCCAUGCGUGGGAACAUGUGGCUUUAACGCCGACUGUAGAGUUUCUAACCACCUCCCCGUUUGCAGUUGCAAAGAAUCGCACACUGGUGAUCCUUAUGGAUCUUGUCGCCCUAUUCCUGUGAUAAUACCACCGACCGCUCCCUCCCUUGUCGAGGAACCGUGCAAACCAUCUCCUUGUGGACCAAAUAGCGUCUGCAGGCCAGUCGGUAACGCUCCCGUCUGCUCUUGUCAACCAAACUACUUGGGCUUGCCACCGGAUUGUAGACCGGAAUGUGUUUCAAGUUCAGAAUGUGCUCCUUCGCAAGCUUGUCUGAAUCUCAAGUGCCAAGAUCCUUGCAAAGAAACUUGUGGCCGAGAAGCACAAUGCAAAGUUGUCAAUCACAACCCGAUUUGCGUGUGUCCAUCAGGGUGGACAGGCGAUCCUAUGACCGGGUGUCGCAUUAUUCCGACACCCAUACCUAGCCCAUCUGUUGAGGAAGGCACAUUACGACCCAUUCCACCUAAUCCUUGCACGCCAACACCUUGCGGACCCAACUCGCAAUGCCAAGUUGUGUCAGGACAGGCCCAAUGCGGAUGUGUGGCCGGAAUGAUUGGCUCCGCUCCUAAUUGCCGUCCCGAGUGUGUACUCAGUUCAGAGUGUCCAUCAAACAGGGCUUGUAUCAACCAGAAAUGUGUGGAUCCAUGCCUUGGAACAUGUGCACCAAACGGCGAAUGUCGCGUUGUUAACCACCGACCCGUUUGUAGUUGCGCAACUGGUUACUCCGGAGACGGAUUUAGCAAUUGCCAGCCAAUUCCAGUUGUUGUCGAACCAAAUAUCGUCCAACCACCAACUCCUUGCGACCCAAAUCCUUGCGGUACCAACGCCCAAUGCAAGACGCGAAACGGGGCAAUCGAUUGCUCUUGUCCAGGAAACUAUGUCGGUGAUCCAUUCAGUUCAUGCAGACCCGAAUGUGUUCUCAACACGGACUGUCCACGCGAUAAAAGCUGCUCUCGAAACCGCUGUGUUGAUCCGUGUGUGGGAGCUUGUGGCGAUAAUGCUGACUGUAGAGUUGCGAACCACAUUCCCGUUUGCAGCUGCAAAGAAGCCCACACUGGCGAUCCUUACGGAUCUUGCCGUCCUAUUCCCGUGAAGAUUCCUCCAACCUCACCAAGUGUUAUCGAAAAACCUUGCGAUCCUCCUCCGUGUGGUCCUCAUAGUACAUGUAGACCAGUCGGCAACGCUCCUGUCUGCGCUUGUCAGCCAGGCUAUUUGGGAAUUCCACCAGAAUGUAGACCGGAAUGCGUCUCGAGCUCUGAAUGCGCUCCCUCACAAGCCUGUCUCAACUUUAAGUGCCAAGAUCCUUGUCCUGGAACUUGCGGCCGAGACGCAAAAUGUCAAGUUGUUAACCACAACCCGAUUUGCGUGUGUCCAUCGGGAUGGACUGGUGAUCCUCUAACUGGUUGUCACAUUAUACCUACACCAAUACCCAACCCUGUUGUUGAAGAAGGCACGUUACGACCCAUACCACCUAAUCCAUGCACGCCAUCACCAUGCGGACCCAGUUCACAAUGCCAAGUGGUUUCAGGACAAGCCCAGUGCGGGUGUCUUCCGAAUAUGAUUGGUUCGGCCCCAAAUUGUAGACCGGAGUGUUUGGUCAGCUCAGACUGCCCAUCCCAAAGCGCUUGCAUCAACCAGAAAUGUGUUGAUCCUUGCCCAGGCACUUGUGCUACAAAUGCCGACUGUAGGGUUAUAAACCACUCUCCGAUCUGCAAUUGUGCAUCGGGUUAUACUGGCGACGGUUUUAAAGACUGUCGCCCUAUGCCAGUUGUUGUUGAACCGAACGUUGUUCAACCACCGACACCUUGUGAUCCAAAUCCUUGCGGUACCAACGCCCAAUGCAAAUCGCAAAACGGAGCUAUAAAUUGCGUGUGCCCGGUUAAUUAUGUCGGUGAUCCAUUCAGCUCUUGUCGACCUGAAUGUGUUCUCAAUACGGAUUGUCCACGAGAUCAAAGCUGUUCCCGUAACCGAUGUAUCGAUCCAUGCCCGGGAACUUGUGGAAUCAACGCCGAUUGUAGAGUUGCGAAUCACAUUCCUGUUUGCAGUUGUAAAGAAGCCCAUACCGGAGAUCCUUAUGGAUCUUGUCGACCUUUACCCGUCAAACCACUUCCGACAUCACCGACUGUUGUUGAAAGACCCUGUGUACCGACACCUUGCGGUCCAAACAGUCAGUGUCGAGAGGUUGGAAAUGUCCCAGCAUGCUCAUGCCAACCAGGAUACAUGGGUGUACCACCGGAAUGUAGACCGGAAUGUGUCUCCAGCUCCGAGUGCUCACCGGCACAGGCCUGUCUCAAUUUCAAGUGCCAAGAUCCUUGCACUGGAACCUGUGGUCGAGAUGCUGACUGUCGUGUAGUCAAUCACAAUCCAAUCUGUGUCUGUCCAUCUGGAUGGACAGGUGAUCCACUAACCGGUUGUUCUAUAAUUCCGACACCCAUACUCAACCCGGUAGUCGAAGAAGGAACUUUACGUCCCAUCCCGCCCAAUCCUUGCACUCCAACGCCCUGUGGGCCCAAUUCGCAAUGCCAAGUCGUUUCAGGACAAGCCCAGUGUGGUUGUAUGCCCAACAUGAUUGGCACGACUCCCAACUGUCGACCGGAAUGCAUUCUUGGCUCCGAUUGCCCAUCGAAUAGCGCUUGCGUCAAUCAGAAAUGCGUAGAUCCUUGUCCGGGAACUUGUGGCUCGAAUUCAGAAUGCAGAGUCCUCAAUCAUUCCCCGAUUUGUAGUUGUGCUGCUGGUUACACUGGCAAUGCCUUUGAUAAUUGUCGACCCGUUCCAGCUGUUGUCGAGCCAAAUGUCGUGCAACCACAACAGCCGUGCGAAUCGCAUCCUUGCGGCACCAACGCACAGUGCAAAGAAUCACCAGGAGGCGGAAUCAAUUGUGUCUGUCCAGCCAAUUAUAUCGGCGAUCCGUACAGUUCUUGUAGACCGGAAUGCGUUCUAAGCAGUGACUGCCCUCGCGAUCGCACUUGUUCUCGCAACCGUUGCGUAGAUCCUUGUGCGGGAGCUUGUGGCACCAACAGCCAAUGUCGUGUGGCCAAUCACGUACCUGUAUGCUCCUGCGUCCAGGGUUUCUCCGGAGAUCCUUAUUCAUCGUGCCAACCUAUUCCAGCCGAGUCCCGACCGAUCGAACCUGUAGUACAAGAAAAACCGUGCGUUCCUUCUCCGUGUGGCCCCAACAGCCAAUGCCGCGGUGUCGGUAACGUUCCGGUUUGCUCUUGCAUCUCGGGCUACCUGGGUGUUCCGCCCGAAUGUCGUCCUGAGUGUGUGACGAGCUCCGAGUGCGCACCGAUGCAUGCCUGCGUCAAUUCUAAAUGCCAAAAUCCUUGUCUGGGCACUUGUGGUCUCAACUCCGAAUGUAAGAUCGUUAACCACAACCCGGUUUGCACCUGUCCGUCUGGAUGGACUGGUGAUCCAUUCACUCAGUGUCAAAUCAUUCCCACUCCAAUUCCUUCACCUACAGUAGAAGAAGGCACUUUACGGCCCAUUCCACCAAAUCCGUGCAAUCCGCCACCUUGCGGCUCGAAUGCCCAGUGUCAAGCGGUGGGUGGUGUCGCCCAGUGCGCCUGCCUUGCUGGAAUGAUCGGUUCGGUGCCGAACUGCCGACCAGAGUGCGUCAUUAGCUCGGACUGCCCAUCCAAACAGGCCUGCGUCAACCGUAAAUGUGUCGAUCCUUGUCCGGGCACUUGCGGCGCUAACGCCGAGUGUCGUGUAGUCAACCAUGCCCCGUCGUGCUCGUGUCGCGAAGGGUUCACUGGCAACGCUUUCGCUGACUGCCGGCCAGUUCCUGCUGUCGCCGAGGUGUUUAUGCCUGAACAGCCGCGUCCGUGCGAUUCACACCCUUGCGGCCCGAAUGCCCAUUGCAGUGUGAAUCCCAAUAGCGGAUCGGCCGCUUGCGUUUGUCCGCCCGAUUACCGCGGCGAUCCUUACAUGUCUUGUCGGCCCGAGUGCGCCGCUAAUUCAGACUGUCCACGCCAUCGAACUUGUCUCAAUAACCGAUGCGUUGAUCCUUGUGCCGGCGUUUGUGGCCUCGAAUCGCUUUGUCGCGUUGUUAACCACCUCCCCGUCUGCGGUUGCCCACAAGGUUACAUGGGCGAUCCGUACAGCCUGUGUCGACCGAUUCCCGUGCUCAUUGCCCCUACCACGGCGCCCAGUGUAGUGGAACCUUGCAAUCCGUCACCGUGCGAGGUCAACAGCCGUUGUGAGGUGUCUCCAUCAGGAGCGCCCGUCUGCGUCUGUUUGCCCGGUUUCACUGGGACGGCUCAACUGGGCUGUCGGCCAGAAUGUCUCUCGAACUCGGAGUGUCCGGCAGGUCUCAGUUGUGUCAAUCGGCGCUGUCGAGAUCCCUGUCCGGGACUUUGUGGCAAUCGAGCUGAAUGUUCCGUAGCCAGCCACAUGCCGUUCUGCAAUUGCCCACCGGGAUUCACCGGCGAUCCGUACAGCUCUCGCGGUUGUCAAAUCAUACCUUCUGCCGUUCAGCCACCUCUAGCCGAAGUUGGCACUUUGCGACCCAUUCCACCGAAUCCUUGUAAUCCGCCUCCAUGCGGCGCCAACAGCGUAUGCCAGGUAGUGCACAAUACGGCGCAAUGCUCUUGCAUGGCCGGCAUGAUUGGUGUUUCACCAAGCUGCCGUCCCGAGUGCGUUGUUGCCUCCGACUGUCCAGCCAGACGAGGUUGUGUCAACCAAAAGUGCGUUGAUCCUUGUCCGGGUACAUGCGGUACCAACUCCGACUGUCGAGUGAUUGAUCAUUCGCCUGUCUGUUCCUGUCGUCCAGGAUUCACAGGCAAUGCCUAUAUGUCUUGUCGGCCAAUACCCGUCGUUGUUGAACCUUCCGUAGUUGAGCCGACGAAAACAGGAUGCAAUCCUUCGCCUUGUGGUGUGAAUGCUGAGUGCCGUGACAUAAGCGGAUCGCCCGAAUGUAUUUGCCCACCAAACUACAUCGGAGAUCCUUACAGCUCAUGCCGUCCUGAAUGUGUCCUAAACACUGACUGCCCACGUGAUCGCACUUGCGUCCGCAAUCGAUGCGAGAAUCCUUGCACUGACGCAUGCGGCUCCAACGCUGAAUGUCGGGUCGCCAAUCACGUUCCAGUCUGCGUCUGUCAACCAGGUUUCACUGGCAAUCCAUUUUCGUCCUGCCAACCUACUCCUGUGGUUGGAGAACCCGGCACCAUCGACCGAGAAGACAGUUGCAAUCCAAAUCCUUGCGGAACCAACGCCGAAUGUCGUCAACAAGGCGUCAGUGGAAACGUUUGCGUCUGCUUACCCGGCUUGCUUGGCGAUCCUUACGUGGCCUGUAAACCCGAGUGUGUUACCAACUCGGACUGUUCCAACAACAAGGCUUGCAUCGCCCAGAAAUGUAAAGAUCCUUGCCCAGGAGCUUGCGGUGUCAAUGCUCGCUGUCAAGUGGUUGGCCACAACCCAGUUUGCUCGUGCCCCAACGGCUACACUGGUGAUCCGUUCAUCCGUUGCCAACCUCGACCAGCUGCCAUCGAAACACCGGUCGUCAAGCCCGAAUGUGAAGUCGAUCCUGACUGUCAAACCACUCAAGCUUGCGUCGAACAACGCUGUAUUGAUCCUUGUCUCCAACGGCCCGGUAUUUGCGCUCCCAACGCCGAGUGCCGAGUUGUCCAACACCGUCCGGUCUGCGUCUGCGCCGAAGGAUUCACUGGCAAUCCUCAAGUCCAGUGUUUCCAAGUUGGUUGCCGAUCCGAUUCCGACUGUCCUUCGAACGAAGCUUGCGUUAACCGCCAGUGUAAGGAUCCAUGCGUUUUCGAAACGUGCGGUACGAAUGCUCUUUGCCGUGUCAACCUUCACCGUCCCCAAUGUUUCUGCCCCGAACGUCACGAAGGCGAUCCUUACCGUGCUUGUCGCCAACCCGAAUGUCUCGUGGAUGAUGACUGUCCCAGCACUUUGGCUUGCCGUGAAAAGAACUGCCGUGACCCAUGCAACUGCCCUCCGAACACCAAGUGUACCGUAAUUAAUCACGUUCCCAGAUGCUCUUGCCCGGCUGGUUACAAGGGAGAACCUAACACGACCAAAGGAUGCUUUCUGCCAGAAGAGCCAGCUGCAGUUAAGGGUGGUUGUACUACCGACGGAGAAUGUCCCAGCAAACAUGCCUGCUUCAAUGGCGAGUGCGUCAAUCCUUGCACGGUCAUCAAGCCGUGCGGAUUGAACGCCCAGUGUCUGGUCAUCGAUUCACUCCCGCUCCGAACAAUGACUUGUCAAUGUCUGCCGGGUUAUUUCGGAAAUCCCAAUGUCGAGUGCCGCAGCGUUCCAAUUGAAGACCCUGGAUGUCGCUCAGACGAAAACUGCCCAGACAGUCAGAGCUGUCGCAACCGUCAAUGUGUCAGUCCAUGUGCAGUCGCCAAUCCUUGUGCCAAUAACGCCGUCUGUACCGUGACUGGACAUCAACCCAAGUGUACGUGCCCAGAAGAUUUCACCGGCAAUCCCAACAUCAACUGCUACCAGACUCUCCCACGUCCCGCCCGCUUCUGUCAGGCUGACGGGGACUGCAAUAACAUCAAUUCGUGCUUAGACAGUCAAUGCCAAAAUCCGUGCUUCGUAGCCAACCCUUGCCCCCCAAGCGCCGACUGCAAACCGUUUGAGCGCCAAGCCCAUUGCCACUGCCCCAACGGCACCAUAGGCAAUCCUUGGAACCGCUGUGACGCAGUUCCCAAAGCGGAUGUCGAAUGCCGAUCUGACCCCGAGUGUCCACUUGACAAGGCCUGUGAACAGCAGGUCUGUCAAGAUCCGUGCGUCAUCCGGAAUCCUUGUGGCGACAAUGCCGUUUGCCGUACCCAACAACAUCGACCCGUCUGCUUCUGUCCGGAUGGCUGGGGCGGUGAUCCACACCUUAAAUGCUUCCGACCCGAGUGCGAAGUCGAUGACGAUUGUCCUUCCGACCGAGCCUGUAUCACUGGAAAGUGUUUGAAUCCGUGCGUCUUUGGCGGCAGCCAAUGCGGUACGAACGCCCUGUGUCGCGUCACUCUCCAUCGCCCGCAAUGCUACUGUCCAGCUGGCAUGCAAGGCAAUCCGACCGUCAUUUGCAUCCCUGUCGGCUGCCAGAGUCACGACGAUUGCGCCACAGAGGAGGUUUGCGAUCGACUCAACCGCGUCUGCGUUAAAGUCUGCGAGACAAUCGCCUGCGCCCCAACGGCCACUUGUACCGGAAAAGACCAUCAAGCCAUAUGCGAUUGUCCACCAGGCCAGCGCGGAAAUCCAUUCGUUCGUUGCAUCGAAGAUGUACCUAUCGUUACGGCCAGUCCACCUCGUCCGGAAUGUCGCUCAGAUCCAGAGUGCCCCAGCAAAGAAGUCUGCAUCAGUAACAAAUGCGUCAAUCCUUGCGGCGUCAAUCCUUGCGGCGACACAGGGCAGCUUUGCAGCGUUGUAGACAGCACUCCGUUACGUACCGUGGUCUGCCAAUGUCCGCCGGACAGUUUCGCCGACGAGAACAGCCGUUGCAUCUCUGCUGUGACUGGAGAAACACCUCGUCCAGUUUCCGGUUGUAGGGCCGACGACGAAUGUCCUUCGGAAGAAGCCUGCCGCAAUGGCGUUUGCGAAAGUCCUUGCGAUUGCGCUCCCGAUUCCAUCUGUCGUGUCGUCGACCGUAAACCAGUCUGCGCUUGUCGCGAAGGAUUGACUGGUGAUCCAUUAGUGGCUUGUUACAAGGUGGGUUGCACGGUGGACGAAGAAUGCCCUGGAACACACGCUUGCGUCAACGGACAGUGCAAACCCGUCUGCUCGCCGGCCACCUGCGAAAGCGGGGCCAUCUGUCAAGGAAUCAACCACAGACCCAUUUGCGAAUGUCCGCCCGGAACGAAAGGCAAUCCCAAUGCCGGCUGCAAAGCUAUUGGCUGCACCAACUUGAAGGAUUGCCCCACAGAUCGAGCCUGUUUCAACGGCGUUUGUACCGAUCCUUGCUCCAUGCCAGACGCUUGCGCUGUCGAUCAGGAAUGUAAGCCUUUCAAUCACACGGCCGUCUGCGAUUGCCCGCCAGGAUUCCAGGGAUCACCUCAAACAGCUUGUACUCGCGUUGACAUCGAAUUAGGAUGCCGGGCCGAUACGGAUUGUCCGUCAUUGGAAGCCUGCAUCAACCGCGAAUGCAAAGAUCCUUGCGAAGCUUUGAAACCUUGUGCUCCGUCGGCCGUCUGUGAAGUCAAACCUACAUCGCCUUACCGUACCAUGGUGUGCGUCUGCCCGCCUGGAACAACCGGCUAUGCGGCCAUCGAAUGCGUCAAAGUUGCCGUUCCCGAAGUGGAAGAAGAAUGCGAAGUCACUGAAGGUUUCAUCAAGAUGCCUAACGGCACCUGCGUCUGCGAUCCACUUCGAAAUCUGGUGCCCGGCCCCAACGGAACCUGUAUCUGCGAUCCUGAAAAGGGUCUGAUUGCGGGUCCAUCUGGAGUCUGUGUCAGCCCAGUCCUGCUACCGGAAUGCGUCAGCAAUGACGACUGCCCAGACGACAAGUACUGUAACACCACAUGUCGCGAUCCUUGCGCUGAACGUGUCUGCUACCCCAACUCAGAGUGUCGUGCCACUGAACACCGGGCCGUUUGCGCCUGCAUUCGCGGACACGCCUAUAAGGACGAGGAAUCUGGAUGCGUACCAGAACCACCACCAUUCCGUACCGACUUCCCCCGACCGGACAUUGUUGUCAACUGUUUAGCCGAUGGCGUUCAGGUCGACAUCCACAUCGGCACAGCAGGUUUUGAUGGCGUCCUUUACGUCAAGGGACACUCCAAAGAUGAGAACUGUCGCCGUGUUCUCGACGCCAAACGUGACGUGGGCAGCAUCGAUUACAAGGUUCGCUUUGACACUUGCGGAUUGGUACUUGAGAAUGGAGAGGCCUCGUUCAUCCUGGUCAUCCAGAAACAUCCUAAAUUGAUGACAUUCAAAGCCCAGGCUUAUCAAGUUCGCUGCGUCUACGACACGCCAGAGAAAACCGUGACGGUUGGAUUCAAUGUCUCCAUGUUGACGACGGCUGGCACUAUUUCCAACACCGGCCCGCCACCUGUGUGCACCAUGAAGAUCUGCCUGCCUUCCGGGCAGGAAGUCCGUAGUGCUGUUAUCGGAGACACGCUCAUGCUCAAAGUCGAAGUCCAACCCAUCGGUAUCUAUGGCGGUUUUGCCCGCAGCUGCUAUGCCGUGACUGACAACAACAACACCCAUUUAGUUACGGACGAGAAUGGAUGUCCCACUGAUCCUACCAUCUUCGGUGCUUGGACACAACAUCCUGAAACGCGGACACUUGUCUCCACCUUCAACGCUUUCAAAUUCCCAGCUAGCGACAACAUUCGCUUCCAGUGCAACAUUCGUGUUUGUUUCGGCAGAUGCCAACCGGUCAACUGUGAUGGAGUAGACGCUUACGGGCGUCGUCGCCGUCGUCAAGCAGAUGUCGAAAAUCUGACACCUAGAACUACCAACUUGACUGAAGUGGAAAUUCGUGAAUCGGUUAUCGCCGGCCAAUUGCGUGAAGAGAUUAUGGUUCAAUCCAAUUCCAUCUUGGCAUUGGAUCGUGGAGGAGAAGAGAGAUUCAGCGCUCCAACAGAAGCACCCGACGUCGUCCGUCAAGAAGUUUGUGUCUCCACAAUGGGUUUCAUCAUUGCGCUCAUCAUUACGGCGCUGUUAGCACUAGUAGCUGUCGCUGUGGCAGUUUCCUGCUGGUUGAUGGCCUAUAGGAGACGACCCAAGAUCGACGGCCCUCUUCCCCAUCCGGCGGAAUUCCCAAAUCCGCUCUUUACGACGCCAGAGCCACUGGCCGAGCCCUCACCGGAUUAUCUUUCUUAAAUCCGCACUGACGGCUUCUAGAAUUGUGUCAAUAUCCAUAGGAGAAAUGGAGUUCAAAAAGAGUUGUUUUAUCUUUUUUUAAAAAAUCAAAUUUAGCAGCUUUGCAUAAAAAAGUGAAAGGCCAUAUGUGAAAAAAAACAAAAAAAAAGUUUUUGUAUUGGGUUGACGAAUGAGAAGGAGUGAUCAGUCGCCCAGUGUAACUUUGGGAGUUUAACCCACUUGUAAUGAUUUGUUGUACAGCCACUCAUUCGUCUGCAUUAUAUAGUCGUUCGGGAGUGAUGACGAAUUAACGAAACUCCCACCGUUAACUGGGCGGUGAUCUUUCAAGCAAAACUUUCGUGACGUGACUUAUUCGUUUCUGUUUUUUUUUCUGGCAUUUUUCCCGUAAAAUUCCCCCGACUUCUUGAAAAAAAUUGGGUGGUGCAGGUCACGCUCGGUCAUCUCUUCCGGUGACCCUUGGUGCUUAAAUUUUUUUUAAAUCUUUUCGGAUGGGAUACUUUGCUGCUUUUCUCCCUCCACGUUUCUUGAUGCAACUCUCAAUGUCAGUCUAAUUAAAUACUUAACUAUUCGAAUGACUCACGCUAGAUUUAAGUCCGAUUAUUUGACUUUAUUUUAUCAUAAACUGUGCUAAUCCACUGGAUGGGACACUUGUUGCAAUAACCUCGUCUUUGUAUGUGACGCAGAAUUGUAUUUUAUUGUUUUAUUCGUCGUGGAACAUACUGCUAAAACCCAGUGCGCUUCUUUCCAAAACGUUUUAACUUGUGUUAAUGAAUUUGCCUUAUCUUCUCCAAGCGAUUUGUAUAAAACAAGACUAAGGUGAAAAAUACACGUAUGUUGUUAUUAAUAA